GCUCCCCCUCCCAGCUGCCUCUGGUAGCGCAGGCGCUCUGCGCCGCUUGCAUGCGUGGUGACGUCACCUCCGGGACUAUAAAAGCGAGGCGAGCGAUUCGCUUCUUCCUUUCUGCGGGAGCGUGGCGCGGUAGCAUGGCGCCGCAAAAGGACAGAAAAUCAAAAAAAUCCAUCUGGAAGUUUUACCUUGACUUGACCCAUCCUGUGGAAGAUGGAAUCUUCGAUUCUGGGAAUUUUGAACAGUUCCUAAAGGAGAAGGUUAAGGUCAAUGGAAAAACUGGAAACUUGGGCAACACUGUUCAUAUUGAACGCCUGAAGAACAAGAUCACGGUGACAUCCGAGAAGCAGUUUUCUAAAAGGUACCUAAAAUAUCUCACCAAGAAGUACCUCAAGAAGAAUAACCUGCGUGACUGGCUUCGUGUUGUUGCAUCUGACAAGGAGACCUAUGAACUACGCUACUUCCAAAUCAGCCAAGAUGAAGAAGGAUCGGAGUCUGAGGAAUAAUUGAAGCUUAGCUUUGUACUACAUGCAGUGUACAAAAGACAAGAACAUCUAUUUAUAAGAAUACUUAACUUAUUGGUGAAUAAAGACUUUGUACCCUGUUUGACAGAUCAUGGGUAUAGUUUUCUAGCCUUUUUUCUAAGUUCUAAUUAAAAACCAGCAUGGAGAAU